UGGCCAAUAUCCUCACACUCCAUCACUCAGUGUUCGGAUUCUCCAAACUAUCCACCGUCUCGUUGACGAACUCUACAGCGCUUGUCUACGUUGGCGAGCCACCUAGUAAAGACGUCCAGGGGCCUUCCAGGCUUGGAGAACUCCCACAAGAGAUCCUUGACGCCAUUAUCGACACAUUCAGCAACGAUGUGGAGGCCCUCAGAUCCUGCGCGCUAGUUGCAUCCUCGUGGACACCACGUGCACGGCACCACCUCUUCGGCCACCUCGACCUCAACCUCAAGAAAUGGACGACUUCUCAUCACGGCUACCACGAAAUCAAGAGGGAAAACAGGGCGCGUGCGAAGAAGUUGGUCGCCCUCCUCCAGGCACUUACACGUUGUCCCAACCUUCCGUCAAUCGUACACACCCUGACACUCGAUUUCGGGGCGUAUACUCACUCGAACGACAGCCAGGGCGAAAGCGGUCCCGUUGCUCGCGAGCUGGCGCGUGUUAUAUCACAGUUAACAUCCGUGCGGACGCUCAGCAUCGCACUGCCUCGCGAGUGGCGCUUGUAUUCGUCCGACUUACAGAUUGCCUGCCUUCACCUACUCGCCCUGCCAACUCUAGAUUCCGUCUCCUUUUCCGAAGGCUUCUUCCAAUCAAAGCACGACCUUACAGAGGUCAUAGGACAGCUGCAUGCACCACGGGUCCUCCGCCUCGCAAACCUCCGGCUUGAAGAUGUUGAGGACUGGGAGCACAGGGACGAGAUGGAGAGAAUGAAAGGAAUCUCGGUCCAGGUGCCGUACGACCCAGUAGGGACUCCUCCGGUUUCGCAGUUGCGAGAGCUGUAUAUUGACUGCAUGCUCGACGAGCUGGUCGAGUGGCUCUCGAUGAACAGUAUUGACUCCAUCUCAUUGUCAAAGCUGGCUGUUACGCAGGGUAUUACGGCGUCAUGGCAGCCCGUGCAGACACUCCUCGACCUUGCAGGCGCCCAUCUCGAAGAACUGGAGGUUGCGUCAGAAUCAUACGCAUGGGACGAACCUCGUCCGGUCCCACAGACCCCUCUCAAUCUCUCCAACAGCCCAAACCUGCACUCAAUCCACGUACACGCCCUCGAGUCAACCGAAGUCUACUCCCCAAUCCCUUGGCUCCUCUCGCUCCUCUCAGGCUCUUCCUCUCCGUCCACUGCAAGCUCGCUCUCCCGGCUCAGCCUCGACCUGCACACCUUCGCUGUGCAUGAGGGAUCCACGAUCGUCGGGCCGGCGUACUGGCGGGACUGGCGCGAGCUCGACAACCUUCUCUCUAAUCCUACGCUAUUCCCAGAGCUGAGGGAGGUAACGAUUACGCUAUCAGUUGCACAGGGCUUUGGGAUCGCCGCUUUGGAGCAGGCUAGCUUGGAGCAGGCCCUAAGGAAGGUGGGGGCGAGGGAGGGGACGAGGUGCGAGGUCAUGCCUCGAGAGGCCGAGCGGCGAGUGGCGACGUCAAGAGUCGAGAGGUGGGAUUUGCCUGAUAUAAGCGACUCAUCCAGCACCGAUCUGUUUGGCAGCAUCUGGGGCUCUUCGGAUUGAC